UUUAUAGCCAAACUUUUAUUUUCUCUCCCGCGAUCUCUCUCUCGCUCGCUGGCUCAGGGGUCAGAAAAAUCGAAAUCGAAAUGUCAUGGUUGGCGAGAUCUUUCGUGAACUCACUGAAAGUCGACGAUCAUAGUGACGAUGACAAAAACGGCGUCGAGGGUAGGAAAAGUGAUUCACCACCGAAUCCAAAACAGGGAGCAGGAGAAGGGGAAGAAGUAGAAGAAUAUGACGAGCAGCAAUACCACCAGGCCCAACUCGACUCGUCAGAAGGUCAGGGAAGAGGCGUCAAGGAUGACAUCUCGGAGCUUACCAAAACCCUAACUCGCCAGCUAUGGGGCGUGGCCUCAUUCCUCGCUCCCCCACCUUCGUCGGAUCUCUCACCACGUUCUCCUUCAUCUCGGCCACGUCAAGUGUCGUCGGCCGACGCCACGAUCUCCGACUGGAAUCGCUGGGGAUCAUCGGAUCAGUCCAUCUCGGCUGAAGAUUCCGAUAUGGAGAAUCCAGAUGCGGCCAGGAUUGCAGGACUACGCAGCGAUUUUGCCGAAAUCGGGGGAAAGUUCAGGACCGGAAUCACUAAAUUGUCCAGUAAUAAGGCAGUUUCUGAGAUUUCGAAGAUCGCUUCUACCUUCCUCCCUCCGUUUGGAUUGGAGGAUGAAUCCGGAUCAGACGAAAAGCGUCUGUCAGGUGGUGCUGUUGGUGUUACCGAAGAGGUGUUGACUUUCGCUAGGAAUAUCGCCAUGCAUCCGGAGACGUGGUUGGAUUUCCCUCUAGCUGACGAUGAAGAUGCAGAUGAUUAUGAUAUGUCUGAUGCACAACAGGAGCAUGCUUUGGCAGUUGAGCGUCUUGUUCCUAGAUUAGCAGCUCUAAGGAUUGAACUCUGCCCAGGUUAUAUGAGUGAGGGAUGCUUUUGGAAGAUUUAUUUUGUUCUUCUGCAUUCCAGACUCAGUAAACAUGAUGCUGAACUUUUGUCAUCACCACAGAUUGUAGAAGCCAGAGCUAUGUGGAUGCAGGAGUUGCAGAACCGGACAAAGCCUGAACCGAACUGGUCCGGAAGAGGUACAUCUUAUAUAAGAGACACAACUAAUUCACUGCACAAAGACCGUCAACCUGCAUCACCUAAUACUUUCUCUGAAAAUCAACCAGUCCAAACGUUUGCUUUUGAACACACGGCUGUGCCAGUGACAGAGUUUGAGACUGAGAAGCGCCCUGUCGUAAGCACUGAGAUGCGGAUCAUUGAUAAGUCCGUUGAUGAAGAAGUGCCAGCAGUCCAGACUAAGAAUAAGGAUUUAGUGGUUACUACUAAGAUAUUGGAUCAGAAGUUCGAAGAGGAUGGAGAUGAGUGGUUGGAGGAAGAGAAUUCAGAAUUAGGUGGCUUCAGUGGAACCACCUUUCCUCUGGGGCAUGAGGAGGAUGUAUCAUUCAGUGAUCUUGAGGAGGAGGAGGAUGGUGUACCCACAGGUUCAGAAACAGUCUCAUGUGUCCCCAAGUCGUCAGCAAAAGAUUCACAAGGUUGGGUCCAGCUUAGCAGAAGUUCCCCUGAAUCAUCAGCAAAGGAAGGCCAAUCCCUUGAUAAGGAGCUUGGAUCUGAGCAGUUAUGUGCUAAUACUAAUCCGGAAACCAAGGACUCUCGAGUCUCUAGUGACUGGCUCAAUGUUGAUAAGGUUGAUGUGGUGUAAGAGGCAGAAAUCCUAUUGGGAUUAUGGGUUAAAGGUGUGAUUCCUGUUGUUUACUGCAUCAACGUUUGAAUGGUUCCCAUCAUCUGGUGUUAAGUUGUUUUGUACAUAAA